UCGAGUGCCAUCACUGUUCAAUUCCGUUUACCGAGCCUUUUUACCCUUUGCUCGGUCUUCAGAUGGAAAGGAUUUCCAUUGGCCCAAGGUGUCCAUGUAAAUAGGUGUCAAUGAAAGCGGAUUAUGCCUUUCUCCGCGAGGAGCCCCCUCUUCCCUGGGUGGUUGUCAUGUGAUAUGUAGAGGUGGCACAUUAGUGGAGCUGCUCUGGGGGGGGUCUAUUAUAUGGCUGUCACCACAGUCAACUAUCACACGGCAGAAAAGGGAGGACAUGGAAGUAUAGCUGCUACUUAGCUCAUCUCAACUCAACUUAUAUCAGUUAAACUUUUACUGCGGUAGGCUACUACUCACGUGUUUUGUAUUUUACGCAUGCAGAAUAUUUAUUUUUCAUGCAGAGUUCUGAGAAGUUUUCAUCACGAAGCUAAACUAAGCGGAACGAGUUGUUUGAAGUAAAGUGUUGUGAAAGAAUACUGUCAGGAUGCCCCGACCAGGGAGGAAUACGUACAGCGACCAGAAACCUCCCUAUUCCUACAUCUCCCUCACCGCCAUGGCCAUCCAGUCCUGCCCGGAGAAGAUGCUCCCUCUCAGCGAGAUCUACAAGUUCAUCAUGGACAGGUUCCCUUACUACAGAGAGAACACCCAGCGGUGGCAGAACUCCUUACGACACAACCUGUCCUUCAACGACUGUUUCAUCAAGAUCCCGCGGCGUCCGGACCAGCCCGGGAAGGGUAGUUUCUGGGCUCUGCACCCCAGCUGCGGGGACAUGUUCGAGAACGGGAGCUUCUUGCGGCGCCGUAAACGGUUCAAGGUGAUGAUGAUGAUGGCGCAGGAGCACCUGGCUCAGUCCAAGCAGUCUGACGCAGCCCAUUAUCUCAGGCUCAAUGCCCUGGCUGCCACCAGCACACACCUCCCUCAGAUGUCCAGCUAUAACUUGGGAGUGUCACAGCCAUCAACUUUUAAACACCCAUUUGCUAUAGAGAACAUCAUCGCCAGAGAGUACAAGGUUCCCGGGAGUCUGGCGUUCUCCACCAUGCAGUCAAUGUCUGCAGGCUACCCGCUGCACAACCAGCUGACUGCGGCCUGGCCUCACAUGUACAACACUAUGGUGGACUCUGUUUCUCCUAUCUCUGUGAGCGGUAACUACGUGGCCUACCGCAUGCCCCUUAAAUCUCUGUGUCACGGAGGACAGACCCUACCCGCCAUUCCGGUGCCCAUCAAACCCAACCCGACCACGGUAGGUCUCUCGGCGGGGCUGACGCCCCACACAUCCGCCUUCCUUUCGAACUCUCCCCAAUCUCUGAGCCCCACCUCCCCGCAGACAGACACCAGCCAAAGCAGCCCCCCCACUCCCAGGGAGACUCACACCAACCCGACACUGCAGUCCGUGGCAGUGCACUAACAUUAAGAACUGUGCAGAACUCUUUAUAAACUACACCAGCAGGCUCAAACCAAAUCCAACGUUUAUUUUGACUCUUGCCGUGACAUCUUGGGCGGAGAAUAACUAUAAUUAAUUAAGGCAAGAGACUUCCGUGCUGCAGUGUAUUUUGAUGUCGGUGUUUUGCUUUGAAUGCUAAUUGUCUUCUAACAUGGUUCCAGCAGAGAUAUAGUGAAAUAUUGCUGUUCAACUUAAAAGGUAUUCGUUGUGUCAGUUUUAUCAGUGUGUUUUGUAAAUUAGUGAGGCAAUGCAAACAGUCAGGCGCAUGAAAGAGAUUUACUUUUAUUUAUUUCUGCUAAUGUGUAAAAAUAACAAAGAGAAUUGUGAUUUUUUUUCAAUCUUAAAAAAUAGUAAUGGGAACUAUAGGGUCUUUACUAAAUGCAAAAUAAAUAUGUGAAUAAAAGUGAAUAAUUGCAAAUAAGUUGAUAUGAAAAUGUUGUAAAAUACACUUUUUAGUUAAAUGUUUUAGAUAUCUAUUUUGCAGGAGCUGUUCUGUGAAGCGUGUAAUGUAAAGCCAUUUAAAACCAUGGUGACAUACAUGUGAUUAAAUGCUGUAACUGUUGACUUUUCUAUGUUAAAGGAACAGCAUGCUAAACCCUAACUACAAGUUGUUUUUCUGCCAGCAUAUGUGUUUUUGAAAAGUGUUCAUAUAGUCUGCAAUGAAUUAUAAACUUGGUCAUGGAAAUAUUUUCUUAUUAAAAUGGUGUAAAAAUGAUAAUGGUUGGUGUAUUCUGUGUAAAUAGUGUAAACAUUAUAAUGGUUGGUGUAUUCUGUGUAAAUAGUGUAAACAUUAUAAUGGUUGGUGUAUUCUGUGUAAAUAGUGUAAACAUUAUAAUGGUUGGUGUAUUCUGUGUAAAUAGUGUAAACAUUAUAAUGGUUGGUGUAUUCUGUGUAAAUAGUGUAAACAUUAUAAUGGUUGGUGUAUUCUGUGUAAAUAGUGUAAACAUUAUAAUGGUUGGUGUAUUCUGUGUAAAUAGUGUAAACAUUAUAAUGGUUGGUGUAUUCUGUGUAAAUAGUGUAAACAUUAUAUUGGUUGGUGUAUUGUGUGUAAAUAGUGUAAACAUUAUAAUGGUUGGUGUAUUCUGUGUAAAUAGUGUAAAUAAUAUAAUAAUGAUGUAUUCUGUUAACAGCUGAAAUAAUGCUGUCAUCAUGCACUUACUGAUUUACAACUGGGAAAGCUUCCAGACAGAUAUCAUUAUGGCAUGAU